UCUGCAUGCUCCUGAGGGUCCAGAAGUACAGCCACAGCUGGAGGAGGGUGGGGGCAGGGGACAGGAAAGAGACAUGGCUGAGCUUCCCUUCUGCGUCCUUGGAAAGGGGGGCACUGUUGCUGGGGCAGACAUUGCAGGGGACUGAAUAACGCUGUUACUAUCUGGGUCCCAGAAAUGUUGGGUCAGGGGGUCUGAGUGUUGCUCUGGGCUGAAAAUUGCCAAGGGGGGUGCUUUUUCUUUGCCUUUCCCCGAAGUGGACGUAGAUGGGGUUGGGGGGCAGAGGGUGGAUUGAUCUGCAGGCUCUUCAUGGAUUUCUGUUGUUGUUUAGCUGCUGCAAACGUGGGGUCCUGGGGCUUCAUCUGAUGCUCCCUCGACCUUUUUGUGAACCUUGUUUCUUGGUAUCUGGUGGAUUUGGGGCGCUAGGAAAGAGUGUGCCAGGGAGCUGGGGGCAGAAAGUUGAGUCUGGGUCUGGCUUCCUGGCCCUGUUCCACUGGGUUGUUGGGACCUGUGUGGGAGCAGGGUGGGGAGCAGGCUUGAGGAACAGUUCCCUGGGUUGAGAGACCUGCUGAGCAGGCACUGAUGGAGAAGGCACCUCUGCCUGGGCCAGAGGGAAUGGAGGAGGGGUCAGGUGAAGGGAUUCAGGAAAAAAUUUAAAAAUGGCACGCAUGGUCUGAGCUGGGCUGUGGACCUUUAAGGCCAUGUCUCAGAACCCCUGUCAAAUGGUCCCAAAUGUUGAUUUCCUAUUUGACCACUUACAGACUUCCUGGUGCGUAGAUGGGCUAGCAAGUUAUUUGCAAGCCUGUUUUAUAGGUGGUUUCAUUCUCGUUCCUAAAGUUAUUCUUUGCUGGCGCAGCAACUGAGGGUCAAGUUCAAGGAUGGAGGGGUGCCCCCCAUGACAAAGACUCCUUUUAUGGUGUGCAAUGCUGGGUAUUAGUCAGAAGUGCUAAAUAGAGACCCUGCGGAGAUCCUGGGAGCCUGCCUGAUAGGGCCUAUUAGCUUUGCUGAGUUAUUGGACACACUAACAACAGAGCAGAAAUGUUACAGAAGCCUGGCCAGUCAAAAGAGCAUGGGCCUUGGGCUCAGACCUGAACUUAAAGCCACCUCUGUCAUUUACGUAAUGACCGUAGGCAAGUCCCUCAACCCCUUGAGCUUUAGUUCUCUCAUGGGUAAAUGUGGGGAACAUCUACUGCCUGGGGUUUCUAUGGAUGGGCACAUAGUAGGUGCUAAUAGCCUUUGCGAGUGCUUUUCACGUGCCCUGGCAUAGUGAAUCUUGCUUAGUCCUCACGGUAAUCUCAUGAGGUAGAGACUAUUAUUAUCCCCCUAUUACAGAUAAAGAAACAGAGGCACAGAGAAGUGAAGUAAUGUGCUCAAUAAGGUUACAUGACUGGGAUAAGGCGAGCUGAGAUUUGAACCUCUGAUUUCAGCACAUUUUCCUAACCUGUGAGCUCUACUGCCCCCAGUGUUCAAGAACCAGUACUGCCAUAUUAACAGUGAUCAAGGAAUCUUGUGUGCAGGCAAAGAAGGGGAGUUGGGUGAGUGGCCUGUGUGUAAGAGCAGGAGCUGGAAGACAGUUAGGGGGAGCUUCCUGCAUGAGGGUGGUGGCCUUGGGAAAGGCAUAUCCAAGGGGGGAAAGGGAGGGGGCUCUAGAAAGGACCAGAAGCCCAGGGCUAGGGUGUGGCUUAGGAGAAUAGGAGGUGAGAGAUUGAGGAUGGGAGCCUGGGGCAAAGAGUUCAGGAUAUGCAGGGGUGGUGGUGCCAGGAAGUUAAAGUCUUUGCAAACCUGGGUAGGGAGUAUGCAGGAAUGGAGAACCUUGACCUUGAGUGAUGCUGUAAUGAGGCAGGCUGCUGCCACCCCAAGGACUGAGGGGGACAAAAAACUUUGGUGUGGUAGUAGCAUGGGUCACCAGGAUGGAGGGAGGCCACAAGUGAUGAGGCAGGAGAUUGCGGCAAGGUCUGGGCUUGUGGGGAUGAGUGGAGAGAUGGCCCAGUUGGCAAGGGGACAGGCUGGGCAACCUGCUAUGAACACAACAGAAGGCUGUGACUAGUUUUUAGCUGGAAAUAAUCCAAAUGGUUGGGCAUCUGUAGAGUUUUUCUGCAGACUGUGAAGGGGGCCUUGGCUCUAGGGCCACCAACCUAGUAAACAAAGUCUGGGUUAUGUUGAGGGGAAGCUUAGAAAGUGGAGUCUGGUCCUCCCUCAUUCAGGGGUCUCUGGGUAGCACAAAUGGUUAACGCAUUUACCUGCUAACCAAAAGGUUGGAGGUUCAAGUCCCAGAGGCACGCCAGAAGAAAGGCCUGGCAAUCCACUUCUGAAAAAUCACCAUUGAAAACCCUGGGGAGCACAGUUCUACUCUGACACACAUGGGGUCACCACAGGUCGGAGUCGACUGCAUAGCAGCUGUUUGGUCCUCACUCAAGCCCACCGUACGUGUUUGCUGCUUGGAGGUCGGGAUCCAGACUCGGAGGGGAAGUGCCUUCCCUUCCUUCAACAGACUUUCACGGAAGUGUGUCAGGCAUUGUUCUGGGUGCCAAGGAUACCAAGACAAAGAUCCCCAGAGGCUUCCCAGGGAGACAGACACAGGAAUAAUCACAGGACAACAUGGUGUGUGCUGUAAUAAUAGUGACAGCGAUAACGAUCAUCAUAAUAGCAGCUAACAUUUGCCGCAGGCUGACUGUGUGCUGGGCACUGUUCUGAGCUUUACUGCAUCUAGGAGUCAUUCAGUCCUCACCCAGUCAUGUGGGAUUGGUGUGUUUUUCAUUCUCAUUUUCCAGAUGAGGAAACUGAGGCGCUGGGUGAGCUAUCUUGCGUAAGAUCAGACUAGAGCUCUGGUCUUAGCCGCUGCACCAUUCUGCUCACAAGUCAUGUGGGAGAGAUAUGAGCAGGGCUGAGGAGCCAGCAAGGACGCCGGGGAAGCUGCACCAAGAUAGAGUCUCAGGAGCAGAGCGAAGUAGGAAGGCCCCAGGGUGAAUGAAUUUCCCAAUGUGAAGGAGAAACAUGUACAAAGGCACGAGAAGCUAAGGAACCCAGAAUGCCACCAGGGCGGAGCAUGGAGGUCAUGGUACCCCUUAUCCUCAAUGUCCUCAAUGGCUCUGAUGCCCGCCUGCCCUGCACCUUCAACUCCUGCUACACAGUGAACCACAAGCAGUUCUCCUUGAACUGGACGUACCAGGAGUGCAGCAACUGCUCAGAGGAGAUGUUCCUCCAGUUCCGCAUGAAGAUCAUCAACCUGAAGCCAGAGCAGUUUCGAGAUCGCGUGGAGUUCUCGGGGAACCCCAGCAAGUACGAUGUGUCGGUGACGCUGAAAAACGUGCAGCCUGAAGAUAAGGGCAUCUACAACUGCUACAUCAUGAACCCGCCCGACCGCCACCGUGGCCACGGCAGGAUUCACCUGCGGGUCCUCAUGGAAGAACCCCCUGAGCGGGAUUCCACAGUGGCAGUGAUUGUGGGCGCCUCGGUAGGGGGAUUCCUGGCUGUGGUCAUCUUGGUGCUGAUGGUAGUCAAGUGCGUGAGGAGGAAAAAAGAGCAGAAACUGAGCACUGACGACCUGAAGACCGAGGAAGAAGGCAAGACGGAUGGCGAGGGCAAUGCAGACGAUGGCACCAAGUAACAGGCGGGCUGCCCGGCCUGCCGCCCUCCCCUGUGUCCUGUCUCCCCCGACUCUGCCCCAUACAGUGUGACCCCACCUGCCCUCUCUUGGUGUGCUUCUCUUGAACCAGGAUCCCAGUGCUGACCUUGGGCCUCUGAGCCCCUCAUUUCUUGCCCCCCACCCUGUACCAAGAGUGACCCACCUCUCUUUCAUCUGAGAAACCUGCCAUGACCUAUGGGACGUGUGGGCCCUGGGGCAGGGGAAUGGGGUUCAAACCCGCCAGUCCCUGAGAGGAGGCAGGGGGCAUGUGUGAGGGCCCCAGAGAAAGAAGGGUGAGGGUGGAGUGGUGGAGGAAGGGGUCAGCUUCUAAGUCUGGCCAGUGCUUGGACUCUUCCGGCAGUGGCUUCAGAAGGACCUGGUGUGGGUUCUCUGUGCUGACCAGAGCUGCCUCAGGAAGGCAUGGUACGCUUCUCUGGCUGCUCCCAGCAGGCUGGGGGUGGUGAUGGGCUCCUAUAAUUUGGAAUAGGAGGAUAUACUAAAGGGACUACUGUGAAUUUCCAGGACAUUGAAGGAAAGCUGGGGUUGGAGGCAAAACUGGAGGUAAGCCUGGGCCUCAGGAGUUCUGCGCUGACCCUCUUGUCCGUUGAUAGCUGCUACCACAGAAGCCUUUUGGUUUUCUGAUGGCCGCUAAUCCCGUGGGAUUUUUGGUGUAACCAGCACUGAACAAGCAGCUAAGAUGGGCUGUACCUGGAUUGUGUUGUUCCAGGUAGUGGUCAUUUUCCACUAUAGUUACCUACCAAUAGAAGACUCAUUUCAAAGUCAGCUGAGGGAUGAAGGGGUGGAGGCACCAUUGUAAAGUACAGUUUGCUUUGGAUUGUCUUCUCAGGAGCAGUAAGGUGCAGGAAUGAGGAAGGGAGUGGAGGGCGUUGGCAGAGGGAUUGCUGUGCAGAGUGAAAGCAGCCUCAUCCAAGGGUUCUGUGUGGACUUCGCCACUUGCCCUCAGUAGGGUUUUCAGCUGGCUUUUGGCCAGAGGCCAGGCCAGGGACUGUACUCAGAACACCCUAAGGGGAAAGUGAGGGGCAGACUUGGAGGCUCUUAGAUCCUAGGGUCAUGUCACAUCUGGAGCCCUGGUAUACCUUCCUCUGCCUCAAUAACGCCCUUUGUGGAGAGGAAAGUAGGACUUGUGGGAAGCCAACUUUCACUGCCAUUUUACCCACAUUAAAGCAGACUGCUUAAGCCGAGAGAGAGGGAGAGAGACAGACAGAGCAGAGAGACAAACUACUGACUCAGAGGAUACUACCUUGAAAGACCCUCAGGUAUCAACUAGCCAAGUCACUCCUGUCAGAUGGGGAAACUGAGGCUCAAACUAAACCUGAUAUUCUUGCCAUUUUCUCCUCCGGCUUCUCAGUCUCCAGUUUGAAUCAACACAGCCAUAAUUUUUCCAGUGGGAGGGGCCUUUCUGGACUGGUAGGUGAAGGAGGCGGACUUCUCCCAGGAGCCUAGUCCCUUCAGGCUAUGGCUGAGGCAGGGGUGGAGUGGAGGCAGGGGUGGAGUGGCAGCGGUGAGGGCAGAGUUGCCAGUGAUGCCCCAUUCCCUCUCCAGACUGAGCCCCUUCAGCACUCUAGCCUUUCCAGGCAAGCUCAGCCCCUACCCCUGGCUCAGGGAGUUAGCACCCAGGGCAGGGAGUAAGGUUGGGGGCAGAGGGUGGAGACAGGACUAUGAUAGUCUCAGGGGCCUACCCCUGCCUCUGCCUAUCAGAUAGCCAAUUUGAGGAGGGAGCAGUAGCACGUGGGAGGUUCAGUUUAAUUCACUUCAACACCCAUUUAUUGAGCAUCUGCUAUUGCCAGGCACGUGGUGGGUGCCCGGGACACACAAAGCCAUAACAGAGUUGGGAACUGCUAGGUCAGCACUGCGGGGACCAAGAUUAGUUUUUUGGUGCAUCUAAUUCCAUCUCUGCAACCAUUGCCUAGGAGGCUGGAGUUGGGAAAGAAGGAAGGAAUUCCAGAGUCUGGGCCCUGGGAAGAAAGGAAAGGGAGGCAAGGAGGAAGAUAAAACAGAGAAGAGAGUGCAGAGGCCAGGUUGGGGGAAAUCAGAGGAUGGGCAACCAGCCAGAUUGCUCCUGAGUGAGAGGAGUCCAGCCUGUCUGGAGUUCUAAUCUCAUCGGCUCAGAACCUAACUGCCAAUUAACACACUGCCAAUGAGAUGGGCUAAGCCACCAGGAUGCCUGGAGCAGGUGGAUGUCGCCCAUCCUUCCAGCCAACCAGCUGAGAGGGGAGAGCUGGGUGGGGCACCUCAUGCCAGUUGAGACCAAGGGUGGUUGUAUACACUUCUGCAACUUGCAGAUUGCAUUGUUUGGCAAUCUCUUAAGUGCCCUCCUCUCCCAGGAUGAGUGAGGAUCCGCUCUCUUUUUUCCAGGACUCAUGACAUUUAGGGGAGUUAUUUGCAAGAUUCCCUAGGUGUAUUUGAAGAAGCCCUAACGCUCCAUAAAGAAGCCCAAGACUUCUGAGCUCUUUCCCUUCUCUGCCCUGACCAAGGGAGGCCGAGGGAAAGCCGUGCUUCUUCACGCCCUCAGGAUCCCAAGCAGAUGGGGAUGGGUCAGGAACCACCUUUGCCCCAGGUGCCCACCUUUAUAUGCACUUUGUCCUCCAGCCUCUUGCAAUCUCCUGUCCAUCAAGAUCGCGAGGUCUCCCAGAGCUGCCUCCCCCAGGGCAGUGAGGUUGAGAGCAAAUCGGGGCUUCUGUGAGAAGAGGUGGGAAACGAGUGAGAUGUUUCCACAGCAGCCAUUCUCGACCUUGCUUUCCAGCGUAUGCCAGCAAGCCAUUUCUCUCCCUGCACAGUAGGGCUCGAGCCCCACUUCUGGCUGCAUGUUCCCACCACUGCACUCUGCCAAAUUCAGUCUGCUGGCCUUCUCAACCUCCCCUGCCUCUCCUGCUCUCUCAGACCCCCUUUUCUGUCUCCUCUUCCUAAUUAAGGACCACUGUACAGAGAGAUGGGCUGGCCAACUAUGGAAUUUAGCUUAUACGAACAAAGCACAAUUUUUUCAGGACUGAAAUGCCUUGAGGUGCCUUGGAACCGGCCUUGAAAAUAGAUAUCUGCCCCCUAAAAAAACCUAGCUACGGACUAAUCACAGUUAUCUCAAUUUAUAAAAAGAAAAAUCUGGUUGGAUCCAUAUUUCUCCUUUUGAGUCUUCUUGGGGCUGGUAACUAUUUACAAGGUCAGGUUAAGCAGAUGGACAAUUGAAAAUACCGGCCAGCUCCAAAGAGAUAGUCCCAGGCCAUAGGAAUGGCUUGGUGCAGUUUGAAAUGGGCGAUGAAUCAAGAAAUUUCCUUCCUAGUUAUGUCUUAAUGAUAUAUAGCCUGUGUCUUAAAGUAUUUUCUGCCUCUUGCUGAUGUCUUCCUUUAUUGAAGCUUGCUGUUGCAUUGUACAUAGUCUAUAUACAGAUAUAGAUAUAUAUACAAAUAUAAAACAUCUCACUAUACCCAUCUCAAAAGUUACAUGGGGAAGGGAGGGUCAUCAUUUCUCAAUGUUUUGAGUUGAUUAACCAAAGGCAAAUUCUGGAAUAUUCUUAUGGCUUUUUGUGUACUUGGAGGGGAAAGCCCAACUACUUCCACACUUUCUAGGUUUUAUGUGCAAUGUGGUGGUUGGAGGGGGUGAUGGGGAGAGAAACAUAAAUGAUCCUAUGUGACCUGACUGCUGUGGUGUAUCUGCUUUUUGGAGCAGACUGAAUUUCUUUUGCAGUUUGUCUUAUUGCUUGGAUCACUUGGCUAAAAUAAACAGACUGUCUCCCCUGAACAUCCCUCGAGUGUGGCUUUUUUCAGGAGUGUAGAGUGGGUAGGGUGAAGCUUAGCCGGGAUCUUGACAAAGACUCCUGACUCUCCUUUCUUGCUAAUCCCAUGGACAUCUCCAGGUCUCCAUCAGCUGAAGACCUCGAAGCUCUUACCCAACAACGAAGAGGUCGUUCUACUCCAUUCAUGUUUCCUCUCUUUUCCCCUUUGCCUUCCCAGAAUCCUGGGGGACUCUACUCAGCUUGGAAAUACCCUAGGAACAGGGUGGAUGAACACUCACUUCUUGGAGGGCUCUUGGUUAAUUCUGGGGUGAAGACAACCCUUUAAGCUCUGAAGGCUAAUGCUGAUGUUGGCUAUUAUUUAUUAUUGCAUGGACAGAUGGGCCAUCCUUCCUGCUCUUUGAUUCUAAACUGUGUCUUACUAGGUAGAUACUUCUUGCUUGCUCAGGACUCAGGAAAAACAGAUAACAGCUGGCCAGAGCCUGCCUUCACGCAACUUGAGGAUAAAGGUGGCUGGUGGGAAGAGUCAAGUUGCUCACAUCCCAUCUACACACUGUUGUAUUCCAUUUACGUACUGCUGAAUCAGCUCUAAGAACUUCAGGACCAAAUGCUACUCCCUGCCUAGGGGCUCCACUAUCCCAGACCCGCUCUGGUUUUUUCCUCUCUUGCUCCCUGUUCUUAUGUCUCUCUUUGCAUCUCUUAUCUCUUACACACACACACGUACACACGCACACACGCGCAUGCACCUAGGAGGCU